CACAUGAUGUUUGUCAUUACUGAGAGGAAGUGGUUCAUCCCAGCAUUGUUAAGAUAUUUUGUAAUGAAUCAGAAAAUAUAUUAGAUAAUGAUUUUUUUCUCAUAUUUGUCUUGCAUUAUUAAAAAUGCAGGAAUCCAAUAAUUAUUUUCAAAUCAGAAGGUCCUACAAGUACUUUUAUUCCUAGAAUGUGUUGGUAAAUCCAGCAGGGAUGCUGAGCAGCUUUCUGGGUAAUAAUGGAUGAUACAGGUGUUGUCACUCAUGAGGGAGAGAUGCAGCAAGUUUUUAGAUAAAUUCUUGAUAGGUUAUAAUGUGGCUUAAUAUAAGUUCAGUACUUUAUCAGAGCACUCCAAUUUUUAAAUGCAUGUGGAUUAGUGUUACAUGUUUAUGAAAAUUAUUUUAUUUAUUUCAUGUUGAUAGUAUGUGUUCUAUAAAGUUCAUAUAUUUUUUAUUAUGAUGGAGUAGGAACAACAUUCAUUGUGUCUGCUUCAUGAUUUAUAAGAGGAAAGGAACUGGAUCUCUUUUGUCUUAAUGUGUAAUUUUACACAUUUUGGCCUGUGAGUGAUAGUCACUGGCCAGGGGUAUGAUGGUGACAAUUUUUUUCUUUAAUUGUGGAUCUCUGCACUUAAUAUAUGUUCUUGUGUAUGUGGGUGACAGAGUCCAAAUAAUGAUGAUGAUGAGACUGUAAGAGUCCAGUUUACUGGUUACUAUGGCUGGCUACAGUUAUGCUGUCCUUUGUCCUCCAGCAGCAUCCCUUCUUGUGCCCACCCCAGGCAGUACAGAGUCUGCUUGGUCCACCUUUGUCUCACUAGGUUACACCUGUAUUUAUGCAGUAUGAAGUGAAACAUUUGUUGGACAACUUUAAAAGCAACCAUUUAGAUUUCUGGUAACUGAUGAACACAUGAAUAUGUUAUAGUCAUAAGAACUCUUAAUUUUGUCAAUAUUUACAUGUACUUAUUCAUCAUUUUAGUGGAGUAGCUGUUAUAUUUUGAACAUAAUGUUCGGAUGCGACUUUACUCAUAUAUGUUGACAAAUCUUUCUGUAGUCUUUGUGCGUUUUAUUCAAGCUCUUCUUUUAAAGAUGGUGCAUUACAACCAAAAUAUUUAAUCCAAAGUACGUCCAUAUUUUGUAAAACUAUUUUUUUAAUGGUAGAGAUGAAUAUUAUUUUUAAGAGUCUACAGAGGAAAACUAACCAUUCUUUGAAAAUUAUAUACAUAUUUGUUGCAUAGCCUUAGAACUUUGUGUGGUUUUGUUAGAUUUAGUGAAAGUUGAAAAGAAAAUUACAUUUCUUGCCUCGCAUGUUGCGAAUUUGGUGUUGAUUUUAUGUUGACAGCUUUUCCAUUUUUGAGAUUAAAUUAUUCAUAUGACCAAUUUCUUUACAACCACUUCUUAGAGUUGGUAAGUGGUAAUUGUUGGAACAAUGUACUAAUGUUUAGAGUUUUGUCUUAUUUGCAAUAUUUUACUUCCUACAAGUGACAGAGGUAAACUUGGGCACCAUCAAAUAAACACUAUCUUGACCUCUUGCAAAGCUGUUAAGUAUUGUGUUGGUGUGUUUUUCAAGCUGUCAUUUAUGUUGCAUGCAUAGCAUGAGUGAAAAGAAUCUGUGACAGGUUUCCAGGCCUAUGAAAUCCAGCCUUUCAGUGAAUUAUUAGGCUGACCUGUCACUGUUGUGGAUCACAUUGAAUAAACUCUUAAACAUUGCUCACCAAAUACAAAGUUAAUGAAUAGCUGGACAUUUUUAUACUUUGAGUGUCGUGAAUCAUCUUAUUAGAUGGCAAGAUUAACAUGGGACCAAAACUUGCCCUCUAAUAGUCAUGUUUAGAAUAUGAGUAUUUUGUUUUUCUUUCUCUUCUCCGAAAUAAUUUUUUCAUAUUUGUUGUAAUUAAAAGUAAUUGGGAGGUUGUGUAUUUGUCUUUGCAAUGUCAUGAUACCUGACUGUGACCCCCCAUACAUUAUUCAUUCCUUUUUCCUUGGUUUCUUCAUCUAGCCUUCCAUAAUAUGUAUAUUAUAUCUGAUACUUACUAGAGAAUGGGUUUAGAAACCUGAAUUCUCACCUGUGUUACACACACACACACACACACACACACACACACACACACACACAGACAGACACACAAGUACUGUGGAUGGUCAUUAUUUAAGAUUUUGUGAAAUUUACAAAGUUACUUGUAUAAUUAGGUGUUCAGAAAAAUCUAGAAGAAUAUUGAUGGCACUGCAAGUUAUAUUUCAUGUUACUUAUUCAGGGUGAAAUGUGGGAAAGAAUGACAUAGUUUCUAUUAAUAAAAGAGGAAGCAAUAGAUUGUGUCCAUAAAACUACAUUAACAUUAUCAUAAGUCUUGUGUGCUGAAGGAAGAAAAAUCCACAAUAAAAAAGAAUUAAAACAGGUACACAAGUUUCAUACAAUCAUGUGAAAGUACUUUGAAAACACACACACACACACACACACACACACACACACACACACACACACACACACACACACACCUUUUUGAUGACCACCAGAAAGUUAUGCUUAAGUUAAUUUUCAGUGCAAACUGCUCUGAUUUGGAUGCUAUUUUUAUUUGGUUUAAGGGGGGAUGUCAACUCGGUACAUAAUAGAUGCAUUAUUAUUAUUAUUAUUAUUAUUAUUAUUAUUAUUAUUAUUAUUAUUAUUAUUAUUAUUAUUAUUAUUAUUAUUAUUAUUAUUUAUUUUUCAUUAUCUUCAUUAUUUUCUUUUUAUUGCAAUACUGUUCUCAUAAUUAGUAUGAUAACUUAAGCAAGCACAAGUCUAGUUUGAAUAGAAUUUCUGUGGAAAAUGAUUGGUUCUGAUGAAUUUAGUAUAAAAUUUGAAAGUGUAUUUGGCAUUGCAGUGGAAGGUAUGCUAAGUUGAAUUAAUCUCAGUGUGUAACACAGCCCACAGUGUUGCUUUUCUGCACAGUCUGCAGUGCUUCUCAGCAUAGUGUGUAGUGAUUUCUGGAUUUUAUAUCUAACACAUAGUUUAUUUCAGGCUUUAUAUCACUUAAAAAGUAGUCAGUAACAAAGUUUCUUUUAUAUAUAUAUAGUUGGAAAAGGAGUAUUUAGUUUACUUGGUUUUAUAUGCUUUUGUGGUAAUUAUUACAACAGGCUUAGGCACCAAACUGAGCAAUAUUUAACAGAUGCUCUACAUAGGUACAGUACUGAUGAACAGAAUGAUAGAAUUGAUCCACCUUGGUGAUAAUGCACUUGGCGGAUCUCCAUGAGAGGUGUUGUCGUGAGUACUGUUCAGUAUAUUAAAGAUAUAUAAACAUGAUAUGCUAUAUAAUAAAAUGUGUAAAAAU